AUGAGUCCAAGGAACCGAGGGACAGGGAAGCGGCCGCAGAAGCCCAGCAGGACGUGUUCUCCAUUGCAUAAACAGGGAUCUACCUCUUCAGUUGGUGCAGAAAAAUCAAGUUCAAAGAUCACUGAGGUUGGAGAUGAGUUCUUGGGAGACUUUGUGGUUGGUGAACGUGUAUGGGUCAAUGGAGUAAAGUCUGGAGUGGUACAAUACUUGGGAGAAACCCAAUUUGCCCCAGGACAGUGGGCAGGAGUUGUUCUGGAUGACCCAGUAGGAAAGAAUGAUGGAUCGGUUGGUGGAGUUCGCUAUUUUGAAUGUCAACCAUUACAGGGGAUUUUUACUCGUCCAUCCAAGUUGACUCGCCAGCCUGUGGCAGAUGGUGCAGGAAGUGAUUCUCAUUCUGUGGAAUCAUUGACUACACAAAACUUGUCCCUGCAUUCUGGAACUGCCACCCCACCUCUAACUACACGCAUCGUUCCACUCCGAGAAAGUGUGCUAAACAACACUAUAAAAACAGGAAAUGAAUAGGGAUCAAAUCUUUCAGACAGUGGGUCAGUUAAAAAAGGUGACAAAGAUUUACGGAUUGGAGAUCGUGUUUUGGUUGGUGGUACAAAGACCGGAGUGGUUCGCUACGUGGGAGAGACGGAUUUUGCAAAGGGUGAAUGGUGUGGAGUUGAGUUAGAUGAGCCUUUGGGCAAGAACGACGGUGCAGUGGCAGGAACCAGGUACUUUCAAUGUCCACCAAAAUUUGGCCUUUUUGCUCCUAUUCACAAGGUGAUCCGUAUUGGGUUCCCAUCAACAAGUCCUGCCAAGGCCAAGAAAAGCAAGAGGAUGGCAAUGGGUGUGUCGGCACUGACACAUAGCCCUAGCAGCUCUUCCAUCAGUUCUGUAAGCUCGGUGGCAUCAUCCGUAGGUGGCAGACCAAGCAGAAGUGGCCUAGUAAGUAAUCUGUCCUGUUCUUAA